CCAUUCAUAUUCAUAAAGAGCUCCAAUGACUUCAGGAACAGCUGAUAACCUGCAGUUCCCCCUGUGUCCAGCAGGCGUCAGUAUGAAGCUGAACGUUGUUUGUGAUCCUCCAGAUUAGGGAGAGAAGAAGAAGUCACGGCGGAUGUGCUGCUGUGUCUCUCAGAGGAAAGAUUUCACCUCCUGCAGCAACAAUGAGUCCAGUUCAGGCUUUGAGAGAGUUUAUCAAGCAGCGACUAACUGCUGCUGCUGGAGAAAUAUUCACCGCGUUUCAACAAACUGUCGUCCAGUUCGAGGAGGAGAUUGAUCGACAGGGGAAACUUCUGGAAAUCAACUGGAAACAUCAAGUCAGUUUCCACAGAGCAGAGAGUCCACAGCAACACAUGGGUAACCAGAAGGCGAGCUCCAGUCAGGAGCAGGAGGAACAUGAAGCUUCACACAUUAAAGAGGAGGAGGAUGUUGUUGAGGCGACUGUUACUGAUGGUGAAGGAGACGAUUCCCACCACUCCGUGAGAGACCUGACCAUCCAGAAACUAACUGCUGCUGCUGAGGAGAUAUUCACCCUGUUUCAACAAACUGUGGUUCAGUACGAGGAGGAGAUCGGUCGCCAACGCAGAAUGCUGGAAAUCAACUGGAAUCCUCAGAUCAGGUUACACAGAACAGAGCUCCAACAGGACCAUGACUGCAGAGAGGAGCAGCUCUUUAAACGGGAAACCAACUACUGUCUACAACAGGAUGACAAAGAACCGCCACAGAUCAAAGAGGAAGAAGAACCAGAACCUCAACACAUCAAGGAAGAAGAGGAAGAACCAGAACCUCCACAGAUUAAAGAGGAAGAAGAAGAACCAGAACCUCAACACAUCAAGGAAGAAGGGGAAGAACCAGAACCUCAACAGAUCAAACAAGAAGAACCAGAACCUGAACACAUCAAAGAAGGACAACCAGGACUUCAUCAGUUUAAGGAGGAGCAGGAGGAACCAAAAUCCUCACAGAUUGAGGAACAUGAGGAACUCAGUACCAGCCAGAAGAGAGAAGAGUUUAUUCUGAAGUUUGAUUGUGAAACCUUGAAGGUUCCUUCUGUUGAGGAUCACAGUGACCUGAGUGAACCAGAAGUACCAGAGACUGAGCGGUUCCCCUCUCAGGACUCUGAAGUCCACCAUGAGAAAAGACACAUGGACUCAGAAUCAACUCCAAACGCGAAGUUAAAAAAACUCAAGGUGUUUCAGAGAAAGAGUGUGAACAAUUUGGAUGUUUCAGAGAAGCAGGCUGAAUGUGAAAAGCUUCUUUGUGAAGAAACAUGUGAGAAAACUGACCAUGAAAAACAUCAGUUAUGUCCGAAGGUCAGAGUGGUCACUGAUGAGAAGAUACUUUAUGAAACAUGUGGGAAAAGUUUCAGUAAACCGAGUCGUUUGUUGGUCCACAGGAGAACUCGCAGAGGUGAGAAGCCUAACUUUUGUGAAACAUGUGACAAAAGUUUCCGUUUUCACAGUUAUUUGUUGCGCCACAUGACAAUUCACACAGGUGAGAAGCCUCAUUCUUGUGAAACAUGUGGCAAGAGGUUCAGUGUAUGGCGUGAAUUCAAGAUCCACAAGAGAACUCACACAGGUGAGAAGACUUAUUCUUGUGAAACAUGUGGCAAAAGUUUUGGCCGACAGAGUAAUUUGUUGCGCCACAUGAGAAUUCACAAAGGUGAGAAGCCUCAUUCUUGUGAAAAAUCUGGCAAGAGGUUCAAUGUAUGGCGUGAUUUCAAGAUCCACGUGAGAACUCACACAGGUGAGAAGCCUCAUUCUUGUGAAACAUGUGGCAAAAGGUUCAAUCAAAAGCGUAAUUUGUUGCGCCACGUGAGAACUCACACAGGUGAAAAGCCAUAUUCUUGUGAAACAUGUGGCAAAAGCUUUGGCCGACAGAGUACUUUGUUGGUCCACAAAAGAAUUCACACAGGUGAGAAGCCUUAUUCUUGUGAAACAUGUGGCAAAAGAUUCAAUCAACGGUGUGAUUUGUUGCGCCACGUGAGAACUCACACAGGUGAGAAGCCAUAUUGUUGUGAAACAUGUGGCAAAAGGUUCAGUCAAAAGCGUUAUUUGUUGCGCCAUGUGAGAACUCACACAGGUGAGAAGCCAUAUUCUUGUGAAACAUGUGGCAAAAGCUUUGGCCGACAGACUCAUUUGUUGAUCCACAAAAGAACUCACACAGGUGAGAAGCCAUAUUCUUGUGACACAUGUGGCAAAGAUUUUGGCCAACAGACUCAUUUGUUGGUCCACAAAAGAAUUCACACAGGUGAGAAGCCUUAUUCUUGUGAAACAUGUGGCAAAAGGUUCAAUCAACGGUGUGAUUUUAAGGUCCACAUGAGAACUCACACAGGUGAGAAGCCUUAUUCUUGUGAAACGUGGCAAAAGGUUCAGUCAAAAGCGUAAUUUGUUGCGCCACGUGAGAACUCGCACAGGUGAGAAGCAGGUGAAAAGACACAUGGACUGGGAAUCAACUCCAAAUGCAAAGCUGAAAAAAUCAAGGUGUUUCAUACAAACAGUGUGAACAACAUUGAUGUUUCAGAGAAGCAGGCUGAAUGUGAAAAGCUUCUUUGUGAAGGAACGUGUGAGAAAACUGACCAUGAAAAACAUCAGUUAUCUCCAGAGGUCAGAGUGGUCACUGAUGAGAAGAUACUUUAUGAAACAUGUGGGAAAAGUUUCAGUCUACCGAGUCGUUGUUGGUCCACAAGAAAAGUCACAGAGGUGAGAAGCCUCAUUUUUGUGAAACGUGGGAAAAGAUUGAUUUAAUGUAAUUCAUUGCUGCACCACCGGAAUACUCUCAAAUAGAUGAAAUCAUGAAAGACUGUGAGAGAUGUUGUUCAGGAAGUCCAGCUUGAUUCCAAAAUCACAACAAAUCAUCCAGUUUGAAGGAAACGUUACUGAUUCAGACGCUGUUCAGACUGCUUCAGGAACAUUUCAGUUUGUGGUCUGUCACAAGAAAAGUGAACUUUGAAGAAAUGGAAAUAAA